ACAACAAUAUUACAAUGUAUGCGUGUCUGUACCUUUGUGUGUGUGUCUCUUCACAGUCCCCGCUAGUAGGAAACGCCUAGUAUACAGUACAUGCUUUAUGAAUAUGUUGACUCUGUGCAUUGUUCCACUGCUAUGAUGAGACAUAGGGUGUGACAUUUCAGCUGAACAGAGCUUGAGAAGGCAAGCCAGCCUGUCUGAAUAAAUGACAUUAGGAAAUGGGAGAAACUGUUUCUGGUUGGUGAACUGAAGGAAAGCAACAAAGGUUUACAUGAGUGAAUAUGCAGAGGGGACUGGGUGGUUUGUUUGAUUUGUAGACCCCAGAUAUGUUAAUGGCUGCUCAUGGUACACAGUCUUAUAUAAUGAGAAGAGAGAGAAAAAGGAGAAACAUAACUGGAGAGAGCGCGAGAGAGAGAGAAAGUGUCACGAGAGAGAUGUUGUGAAAGAGAGAGAGAGAGCUCUGUGGUUAAAGUGCUUUAGUGAAAGUGUUGUAUGAUGCAUUAGAUUGUUCAUAUGGACUGAGCUUCUCUCUCUGGCCCAGGCAUGGACAACAUGGACCGAGGUUUCUUCCGGAAGGUGGACGUGCCAGACCACGCUCAUUACAUCGUAGCCUGCUUUGUUGUGGUGAUCGGAGCGGUGGGGGUCGGUGGGAACGCCCUGGUGAUGUACGCCUUCUUCAGUAACAAGAAGCUCCGGACUCCUCCCAACUAUUUCAUCAUGAAUCUGGCAGUGAGUGACUUCCUCAUGGCCAUCACACAGUCCCCUAUCUUCUUUGUCAACUGUCUCUACAAGGAGUGGGUUUUUGGAGAAACAGGCUGUAAGAUGUACGCCUUCUGUGGGGCUUUAUUUGGGAUCACCUCCAUGAUCAACCUGCUGGCUAUCUCCAUUGACCGCUACAUCGUCAUCACCAAGCCCCUACAGGCCCUCCACUGGACCUCUAAACGCCGCACCUCCGUCGUCAUCGUCAUUGUCUGGCUCUAUUCGCUGGCCUGGAGUCUGGCGCCUCUCCUGGGCUGGAGUUCCUAUAUCCCUGAGGGCCUGAUGACCUCCUGUACGUGGGAUUAUGUGACCUCCACACCAGCCAAUAGGAGCUACACUCUGAUGCUAUGCGUCUUUGUGUUCUUCAUCCCACUUGGCAUCAUCUCCUACUGCUACCUCUGCAUGUUCCUGGCCAUACGCACCGCCAGUAGAGACAUGGAGAAGCUGGGCAGUCAGGUGAGGAAGUCCACCCUCAUCCAACAGCAGUCCAUCAAGACAGAGUGGAAGCUGGCCAAGAUCGCCUUUGUGGUCAUCAUCGUCUAUGUGAUGUCCUGGUCUCCCUACGCCUGCGUCACCCUCAUCGCCUGGGCUGGCUAUGGAAGUGCCCUCAGUCCCUAUUCCAAGGCCGUCCCUGCUGUCAUUGCCAAAGCCUCAGCCAUCUAUAAUCCUUUCAUCUAUGCCAUCAUCCACUCUAAGUACAGAGACACUCUGGCAGAGAAGGUUCCCUGUCUGCACUUCCUGGCCCUGCCCCCCAGGAAGGGCUGUAUCUCGGUGUCCAACAGCGAGUCCUCCUUCAGGGACCCUAUGCUCAGCAGACAGUCCUCCACCUCCAAGACCAAGUUCCAUAAAGUGUCCUCUGUGUCCACCGGAGACACACAGGUGUGGAGUGACGUGGAGCUGGACCCCUUGGACCAGCAGAGCCAGUCUCUGAGAAUCAGCCACUCCUCUGGAGCUCUGAGAGUGAAGGAGUGCAGACAGUCAGCCCAGCAGCAGGCAGGAAAAGGCUACUGUCCCCGAGAGGGGCUCACUGAGCAGCUGUGACCACGACCUGGUGUCUGAAUCUAUGACCAGGGAGGAGGCUGGGGAGGGGUGGCAGG